UUGGCGAGAGAUGACGUUGGUGGCGCCCCGUGAAGGAAAAUUCGCAGACGUGUGGAAUGUAGACGGUAGUGUCCUAAUUCGCCUGUAAUUUAGAUUUUAAGGCGUCCGACUAUCCAUUCGACUGAUUUCCGAUCCGGAGGUCGGCCACGGGGUGAUGCUCCUGCCCGCAAAGUCGGCCGAUCGGCGCUGCUGAGCGAUGGCCCAGACUGCCCAGACGAAGGACGAGGUCCUCAAGCAGGGGUUGAUGGUGAAGCGGUCACAGAACAAGAAGCGCUUCACCACUGUAAACUACAAGCAGCGCUGGUUUGUUCUCACCAGGAACUACCUGAUUUAUUACGAUGGAGAUUCCUCAGAGGAAGUGCCAGCCUCUGUGGCUCUGGCCACGGUCAACGGCUCCACCAAGUCCUCGUACGCCUCCGAGCUGCCAUGUCUGCAAUUGCACUCUCUGCUUAGCCGGCGGAGGCGAGAAAGAGGUCGCAUAGAACUGAACAGAGUCAGCGUCGUAGAAACCGCUCAAUUAGCAGGGGACGGAGAGCCGCCACCCCCUGUGGGAUUUGCUUUCCAGGUGGUCUACGCCGAGGGAGGCCAAAACUACACCCUCCACUUGCUCGCCUCCAAGGAGCAGGACAGGGCUGACUGGAUUAGAUCGAUCAGAAGCGUUUGCGCAGAAAACUCCAACCUGAGUGAACGAUUUCACGUGGGUGUGUGGAACGGUCGGAGGUGGUCGUGUUGCAGGGUGCCGACUCGUUCGGCAGACGGGUGCGACUCGAGUUCGUGGACCCCGCGCUCUCAGCAGUCCAAUCGCAGCAACUCGGUCAACCAGCAGACCAAUCCGGCAGUGAUCAGUCCGCCGGCAGCCGUGGCUGAGCAGGACCAGCAGCAACCCUCUUCGCGCUUGGGAGCACCUUCCACGCCCAUAAUGCCUGGAGGAGCACCAGGGACGCCCUCCUCAAAGGCCAAGGAAAAGUUGAUGAUCCGGCCAAAGGUGGUUGUCGCCCUCUAUCCUUUUAGGGCCAUCGAGGGAGACGAUCUAUCUCUUGAAAGGGGGGCAGAGUAUGAGGUGCUGGACGAUUCUCAGGAGCACUGGUGGAAAGUGAAAAAUGAGCAGGGGGCGGUUGGAUACAUUCCUAGCAACUAUGUCAAAGAAAAAGAAUUGCUUGGGCUUCAAAGAUAUGAAUGGUAUGUUGGUGACAUGUCUCGACAAAGAGCAGAGAGCCUGUUGAAACAGGAAGACAAAGAAGGCUGUUUUGUUGUCCGCAAUUCUUCUACCAAGGGCCUGUACACCCUUUCUCUUUAUACAAAAGUUCCCCAUCCACAUGUCAAACAUUACCACAUAAAGCAAAAUGUCAGAGGAGAGUUUUUCUUGUCCGAGAAGCACUGCUGCAACUCGAUCCCCGAACUGGUCAACUACCACAAGCACAACGGAGGAGGCCUGGCCUCGCGACUCAAAGCUUCUCCUUGCAACAGACCGGUUCCAGCCACUGCAGGACUCAGUCAUGACAAAUGGGAAAUCGAUCCAAUGGAACUGAUGCUUCUGGAAGAAUUAGGCUCUGGACAGUUUGGAGUCGUCCGCAGAGGGAAGUGGCGUGGGUCCAUUGACGUCGCUGUCAAAAUGAUGAAGGAGGGCACCAUGUCAGAAGAUGAUUUCAUCGACGAGGCCAAAGUCAUGACAAAGCUGCAGCAUCAGAAUCUUGUGCAGCUGUAUGGUGUUUGCAGCAAACACAGACCAAUUUACAUUGUCACCGAAUACAUGAGACACGGCUCUCUACUCAAUUAUUUGCGGCGGCACGAGCAAACCCUCGGCGGAAACGUCGGCCUUUUGUUGGACAUGUGCAUACAGGUCUGCAAGGGUAUGGCCUAUUUGGAGAGACACAAUUACAUUCACCGAGACUUGGCCGCAAGAAAUUGCCUCGUUGGUUCUGAGAACGUUGUGAAAGUUGCUGAUUUUGGACUUGCAAGGUAUGUGCUGGAUGACCAGUACACUAGUUCUGGAGGCACCAAGUUUCCUAUCAAGUGGGCGCCACCCGAGGUCCUGAACUACACUCGCUUUUCAAGCAAAUCUGAUAUCUGGGCUUAUGGUGUUUUGAUGUGGGAAGUCUUUACUUGUGGUAAAAUGCCUUAUGGCCGUCUGAAAAACACUGAAGUUGUCGACCGUGUCCAGCGAGGCAUCCUCCUCGAAAAGCCUAAAGCGUGCUUCAAGGAAGUUUAUGAUGUGAUGCGCAAAUGCUGGUCGCACAACCCUGAGGACAGACCGUCGUUCAGAGUGCUCAAAGAACAACUGGUGAAUGUGUCCAAAGGUCUGCUGGCUGAUUGACUCGCGCUGCACGCCCGUCUCACCCAACAGCAGCUGCAGGGCGGCCAUGAAGGGGCAGCCGCCUGCACGGCAUGCGCCGCCUACGGUCCACCAUGGACAGAGCUAUGCCUGGCCAUGCAAACCAGCCACCAGCCCUGCUACCACAAGGCCCAGUAGAAAUUGAAGAUCUGGAUAAAAAAAAGAAGCCGUCAAAAUAGGGCUGCUUUGAUAGGAUUCUUGAGAAUCAAAACUUAGGCCUUUCCUACAAGAUCUCGUUUGUAAAUCCGUCAAAUUUGUUUCCAAUCUGUAAAUAAUUUGUGUCUCCCCCAGUCAUUGUCUUGUAAAAAUUUGCGAGUGGUUUUGUUCAAGGGCCAACACUGACUGAUAAUAUAAGAGUGGAUUGGGCAUGACAAACUCAAAACAGAGAGAGACGUGGAGUACAUUUUUGCUGUUGCAUGGUUGUGUAAGCCAUUUUAAGUCACUGACAAAUGAAUCGAUCGCUAUCAUAAUUAUAAUUGUGAACAUUUAUAAUUUUAAUUAGUCAAAAAGCUUGGUCCUAAAACAAAACACCAAAUUUAUAGGACGUUUGUUGAAUUUGAAACGAUAAAAGCAGCCAGAUGGAAAUUCUGGUCAAUACUGUCAGACCACUAGCUGCCCACUCAAAUCUGAAUUGGAAAUUCUGCUCGAGUGUUUUUUAAUGUCAUUGCUAGUGGUCUGAAUAUCUAGAGAUGUUUGCUUCUCCUGAUGUUUAAUAGACUAUAGCUUCAUCCCUCAACCAUUUGUGCUCCCGGAUGAGUCACAAUUAUGGAAAUCUUAAGAGAAUUCAACGUCUGUCACGAAAAGCAAGGCACUCUAAACUUUGAAAAAAUAUUUUUCUUAAUUUCAAAUAUAGUGGCUCGAUGCAGAAGGAAUAGAAUAUAAUAAAAAAAUCUUUUUCAUGGAAAUUUCAAAUUCAAUAUCAAGAGCGCUUCCCCUCCACACUGUUCAUUAAAACUUCCUUCUUGUGUACUUCCUCUUUGAAGCAGAGGAGGUUUUGCAGAAAAUUGUGCUCUCCAAGCUAUCAAAGAAAGCAUGCUUAAGAUAUUAAUCAUUACUAUUGUCUUUGUUCACAGUGACAAUUCGAACGGUGUGUCAUUGUCAUACUGAAUAAUAUUAUAUAGAUUCUGUGAUUGCCGCAUUUUGGUACUUGAUUUUCAAGCGUGUGUAUUAUACAACAUUAUGAUUGUUAUACAUUCACAAACUCACACACCACACCACACAUUCACUGACUUGACACAGCAUAAUUAUAAUUAUAUUCGUAAGAGACAAACAACCUACUAUUAUGUGCUGGAAUUUGAACUUGUAAUACUUGUAACUCUCUGUACUUUAGCAAUUAAAAUAAUAAUUUACUGUUGAUCUGUGUUAAUAAUGUUUAGAAUCGAGACAGAAAGAAUGAUUCCUACUGCUCUCUAUCAUUCCAUUUUAAGGUGUUGUGCACAGAGCAAGUGAGGCAUUUAAUUGUAUUUCUGACUAGAGAGCAUUUGACGCAAGGAUGUACAUAACAGACAGUGCUUGUGUAAUAUAAUUUAGUGUCGACGAAUAAAAUUGUUUAUUUACCUCGGGCCACA